CGGUUUCAUAUCGGCACUGAUAUUGGGACCAGCAUUUACAAUCUCCGUGCCUUCCUCUUCAAACUGCUGGGAAGUGGCUGAAUCGUAGCGGUCGACGAGGACGAUAAAGGAAUAACAACGAUCGGCACCGGUUCUUCUCGGACAAUUUGAGCCCGAAGAAUGCUUCGUGGAAGAAUGAUUGGUUACGACAUAUCAAACCCUUAUUAAAUCAAAAUUGGAGUUUUACUUUCACUUCUUUCUCCUUGAGUCAACAAGUUGAUCGACCCAAAAAAAAGGAAUUAUUAUUUUUACGGUGACCUAUCAAUAAAUGACGACGAUAAGUCGUCAUUUUUUCGGCGACUCUGAGAAAACCGCCUUCUCCAUAUCGAUUGUUGAGAACAUGAAAGAAGACUAUGGCUUAUUCGUUUGGCCUUGUAGCAUCGUAUUGGCCGAGUAUGUUUGGCAACAGAGAUCGCGCUUUUCCGGGAACGAUGUAGUCGAGCUUGGUGCGGGAACUUGCUUACCUGGAUUGAUAGCUGCCAAAGUUGGCUCCAAUGUCACCCUUACCGACGAUGCAAAUAGAUUGGAGGUGCUGGAAAACAUGAGAACAGUUUGUGACCUAAACAAACUGAAGUGUGAAGUAUUAGGACUGACUUGGGGAGUUUGGGAUGCAUCCAUAUUUAGUUUACACCCGAAAAUUAUUCUUGGGGCUGAUGUUCUUUAUGAUGCACGAGCCUUUGAUGAUCUCUUUGCUACUGUGACAUUUCUGCUCCAAAGUAAUCCAGGCUCGGUUUUCAUAACAACUUAUCAUAAUCGAAGGUACUAUUUCUCCUAUUCUGUCUCGUUUGGAUUCUGAUAUGUUUUUGUCCAGAGCAUCUUGGAUUCAAUACUGAAAUUAUGAUGGGGACUGUUGUCUUGUUCUCCAAAAUCAAGUUCUUUAUUUGUUUAUACUGACCGAUAAUGUGCAGCGGGUCAUCAUCUUAUUGAGUUCCUAAUGGUCAAAUGGGGACUCAAGUGUGUGAAACUUCUCGAUGGUUUUUCGUUAUUGCCAUCCGAUAAGGCAACUAGGCUUAGUGGAAACAUUCAGUUGGCUGAAAUUGUGUUGAGCCAUGAGCAGAUUGAG